GAAGGCCGAAGUCAUUUGCCGGCGUUGCACGCUGAGUGGACGUGUCCAGAACUAGUGAUUCCCGGCGAAAGCGACGACGAAAAGUACCAACGCUUCUGCACAUGAUGCCUCUGCCUCCAUUAAAGCACCUACAAAGUCCAUUACCUUUUCGCACUUCAGAACCCCACUUCCUUCUCGAAAUGGGAGUUGGGUCCAUCACCUUCGUCACACUUGCAAUCUCUGCAGAAUUCUCCAGCCUUUGGUUCUUCCUGCUUCUUCUUAAAUCUUAAGCUCUCUCACUCUGUUCUCUGCAACUUCAUCGAUAGUCGAGUUCACGAUGUCCUUGAUUGCCUUCCCUCUUCUGCCUUCCGCUCUCCCCCAAUUCUCUCCUCGACCUUCCACUUCUCUUUUCUCUCCAUUUCUAGCUCCGUCAAGACCAUUUCUACACCAUUCUUUCACCUGCAACUUGUCGCUGCGAAGCGACUCUGCACAGCCCUCUUCAACCACCGCUACUCAAUCACUUUCCGCCGCCUCAACCGUCACCGUCGACGCCCACUCCUCCGACGAUUCCACCCUCUUCGUGGUCCGCGCCCGCAACAGGAUCGGCCUCCUCCAAGUCAUCACAAGGGUUUUCAAGGUCCUCGGCCUUCAAAUCGAGAAGGCCAGCGUGGAAUUCGAAGGGGAGUUCUUCGUCAAGAAGUUCUUCGUCACCGAUUCCCAUGGUGGAAAGAUCCAGGGCCGCGAGAACUUGGAGCGGAUUGAAAGAGCGCUGUUGGAAGCCAUUGACGGGAGCGACGGAGCGGUUUCGGUGGCGUCGGCGGCGCCGAGCUCGAGGGGAAUUGUGUUGAGGAGACCUGGGUUGGUGGCGGAACCCGGCGGGAGGGCGAAGGCAGAAAGGUUGUUCGGUUUGAUGGAUGGGUUUCUGAAGAAUGAUCCAAUUAGUCUUCAGAAGGGCAUUUUGGAUCAUGUGGAGUACACAGUGGCAAGGUCGAGAUUUAAUUUUGAUGAUUUUGAGGCUUAUCAGGCAUUGUCGCAUAGUGUAAGGGAUCGGCUGAUUGAGCGUUGGCAUGAUACUCAACAAUACUUCAAGAGGAAGGACCCAAAGCGACUCUACUUCCUCUCACUUGAGUUUCUUAUGGGUCGUUCUUUGUCAAAUAGUGUUGUAAACCUUGGCAUCCGGGAUCAAUAUGCUGAUGCUUUAAGCCAGCUUGGUUUUGAGUUUGAAGUUCUGGCAGAACAGGAAGGAGAUACUGCCCUAGGUAAUGGUGGUCUGGCUCGUCUUUCAGCCUGCCAAAUGGAUUCUUUAGCGACACUGGACUAUCCUGCAUGGGGUUAUGGGUUACGCUACCAGUAUGGAUUGUUUCGUCAGGUUGUAUUAGAUGGGUUUCAACAUGAACAACCUGAUUAUUGGUUAAAUUUUGGAAAUCCCUGGGAGAUAGAGCGGGUUCAUGUUUCAUAUCCAGUGAAGUUCUAUGGGACUGUCGAAGAGGAACUGUUGAAUGGAGAAAAAUAUAAAGUUUGGGUUCCUGGAGAAACAGUUGAAGCUGUUGCUUAUGACAAUCCUAUUCCUGGUUAUGGAACGAGGAAUACGAUUAAUCUUCGCCUUUGGGCUGCAAAGCCAAGUGGCCAACAGGAUAUGGAGGCUUAUAAUACUGGAGAUUAUAUCAAUGCAGUUGUUAAUAGACAGAAGGCUGAAACCAUAAGUAGCGUUUUAUAUCCUGAUGACCGUUCUUAUCAGGGAAAGGAACUACGACUCAAACAACAAUAUUUCUUCGUCUCAGCAUCAUUACAAGACAUUAUUCGGAGGUUCAAAGAUGUUCACAAUAACUUUGAUGACUUUCCAGAGAAGGUUGCUUUGCAGCUGAAUGAUACCCACCCAUCUCUUGCAAUAGCUGAGGUCAUGAGAGUGCUUGUUGAUGAACAACAUUUGAGCUGGAAUAGAGCAUGGGACAUUGUAUGCAAAAUUUUCUCUUUCACAACCCAUACUGUACUUCCAGAAGCACUAGAGAAAAUCCCUGUUGAUCUAUUGGGCAACCUUCUCCCACGUCAUUUACAGAUUAUCUACGACAUAAAUUUCAAUUUCAUGGAAGAGUUGAAACAGAGGAUUGGUCCUGAUUACAGCCGGCUGUCUCGAAUGUCGAUUGUUGAGGAAGAUGCUGUGAAGAGUAUUCGAAUGGCAAAUCUAUCAAUUUUAUGUUCUCAUACUGUGAAUGGUGUUUCUAGAGUACAUUCUGAAUUACUGAAAGCAAGGGUAUUCAAGGAUUUUUAUGAGUUGUGGCCUCAGAAAUUUCAGUACAAGACUAAUGGAGCUACUCAGCGCCGCUGGAUUGUGGUUAGCAAUCCUAGUUUGUGUGCUUUCAUCUCCAAAUGGCUGGGAACAGAAGCAUGGAUCCGUGAUGUGGACCUCUUGACAGGAUUGCGAGAUUAUGUAGGGGAUGCUAAUUUUCAACAAGAAUGGAAGAUGGUGAGGAGGGUUAACAAAAUGAGGCUUGCUGAGUAUAUUGAAGCAAUGAGUGGUGUGAAGGUCAGCUUGGAUGCGAUGUUUGAUGUGCAAAUCAAACGGAUACAUGAGUACAAAAGGCAAUUGCUUAACAUACUAGGCAUUAUUCAUCGAUACGACUGUAUAAAGAAUAUGGGGAAGGAUGAUAGGAAGAAGGUUGUACCUCGCGUUUGCAUUAUUGGAGGGAAAGCUGCACCUGGUUAUGAGAUUGCAAAGAAGAUUAUCAAACUUUGUCAUGCUGUGGCAGAAAAAAUUAAUAAUGAUACAGAUGUUGGAGACCUUCUAAAACUGGUUUUCAUACCUGACUACAAUGUCUCUGUGGCUGAAUUAGUAAUACCAGGGAGUGACCUUUCACAACACAUAAGCACUGCUGGACAUGAGGCAUCGGGAACUGGAAGCAUGAAAUUUUUGAUGAAUGGAUGCUUGCUUUUAGCUACAGCAGAUGGGUCUACUGUAGAAAUUAUUGAAGAAGUAGGAGCAGAAAACAUGUUUUUGUUUGGUGCUAAAGUGCAUGAAGUUCCAGCGUUGCGUCAGAAAGGAGCUGCUGUUAAGGCAUCACUUCAAUUUGCACGUGUUGUAAGGAUGGUGCGGGAUGGCUAUUUUGGCUUCAAAGACUACUUCAAGUCAUUAUGUGACAGUGUAGAUGGUACACGUGACUACUAUCUCCUGGGUUAUGACUUCGCAAGCUAUCUUGAGGCACAGGCUGCUGCUGAUAAGGCAUUUGUCGACCAAGCGAGGUGGACACAGAUGAGCAUCCUCAGCGCAGCUGGCUCUGGGAGAUUCAGCAGUGAUAGAACAAUUAGAGAUUAUGCAGAGUGGACUUGGGGAAUUGAACCAUGUAAAUGCCCCUUCUAAGAUCUGGCUGCAGGGGUGCAACACCAGAACAGAGAGCAAGGCAUCAACUGUGGAUCACUUGCCUUUGCUUUGAAGCGCAAUUAUUGUGGCGCAUGGCAGCUGUGAUUUCUUAUCUGUUAAGACGCAGCUUCUACUGCAUCCUUUGCAAUUCAAUUUCUAAUUCAGCUUGUGGUUCCAGGAUUCUUGAGGUUAUCUUACGUAUAUCGAUAGGUUACUAGUGGCAGAGUGUUUAUGCUGUUUCACAGAUCAAAUAAAUUAUGAGGAACAGUUCAUUUUCAAAAAAAAUAAUGAUAAUAACAACAAUGACGUUGGUAAUAGAGCAA